GCCAGGACCGUACAGGCCAAAUUAGAAGCUUGGCAGUUCUUCAAGUCUACAUGGUACGCAUUUCUCUGUACAUCUGGCUUCAUCUUACUCUCCUGACUUAGUAUUUUCUUCACGAUGAUUGUUUCCUAAUAAAAGAAAAAAAAAACCCAACUCUGAAGAUGUGAUAAUGGAUCAUCAUGUUUCCACUAUCAAACCUCGAAGAAUCCAGAACCAAAAUGUCAUUCACCGCUUGGAACGGCGGCGAAUCAGCUCAGGCAAGGCAGGCACCCACUGGCAUCAGGUCCGAGUGUUCCACCAGAAUGUCUUCCCCAACUUCACGGUUGUCAAUGUUGAAAAGCCUCCAUGUUUCUUGCGUAAAUUCUCGCCUGAUGGGCGCUACUUUAUUGCUUUCUCUUCAGACCAGACCUCUCUUGAGAUCUAUGAGUACCAGGGCUGCCAGGCAGCUGAGGACUUACUGCAGGGCUCUGAGGGGGAGAUCCUGUCCAAUGGCAAUGACCAGCGGUCAGUCAACAUCCGUGGCCGGCUCUUCGAACGCUUUUUUGUCCUGCUGCAUAUUACCAACGUGGCCGCCAAUGGGGAGCACCUGAACCGGGAGUGCAGCCUCUUCACCGACGACUGCCGCUGUGUCAUCGUGGGCUCAGCUGCCUACCUCCCUGAUGAGCCACACCCUCCUUUUUACGAGGUUUACCGGAACAGUGAGUCUGUGACCCCCAACCCCCGGUCCCCCCUGGAGGACUAUUCCCUUCACAUCAUCGACCUUCACACGGGCCGCCUGUGUGACACCCGCACCUUCAAGUGUGACAAGGUGGUCCUGUCGCACAACCAAGGGCUGUACUUGUACAAAAACAUCCUGGCCAUCUUGUCGGUGCAGCAGCAGACGAUCCACGUCUUCCAGGUGACUCCUGAAGGCACUUUCAUUGAUGUGAGGACCAUCGGCCGCUUCUGCUAUGAGGAUGACCUCCUCACGGUGUCGGCCGUUUUCCCGGAGGUGCAGCGGGACAGUCAGACGGGCAUGGCCAAUCCUUUCAGAGACCCCUUCAUCAACUCCCUGAAACACCGGCUGCUCGUGUACCUGUGGCGCCGGGCAGAGCAGGAUGGGAGCGCGAUGGCCAAGAGGCGCUUCUUCCAAUAUUUUGACCAGCUGCGACAGCUGCGCAUGUGGAAAAUGCAGCUUCUGGAUGAAAACCAUCUGUUUAUCAAGUACACCAGUGAGGAUGUGGUAACCCUGCGGGUCACAGACCCAUCACAGGCAUCUUUCUUCGUGGUAUACAAUAUGGUGACAACAGAGGUGAUUGCGGUGUUUGAGAAUACAUCAGAUGAGCUUCUAGAGCUCUUUGAGAACUUCUGUGACCUCUUCCGUAAUGCUACCCUCCAUAGUGAAGUCCAAUUUCCCUGCUCAGCUUCCAGCAACAAUUUUGCAAGGCAGAUCCAGCGCCGGUUUAAAGACACUAUUGUAAAUGCCAAGUAUGGAGGCCACACGGAGGCAGUGCGCCGGCUGCUGGGUCAGCUACCCAUCAGUGCCCAGUCUUACAGCGGGAGCCCCUACCUUGAUUUGUCUCUCUUCAGCUACGAUGACAAGUGGGUGUCUGUCAUGGAGCGACCCAAGACUUGCGGAGAUCAUCCUAUCAGGUACUAGUCUCAUACAUUAAGUAGUUCUGCUCUUUGCUUCUCAUCAAAACAUCUGAUUCAGGUAAGUGUUAUUUCCUUUUAAAGGUACCCAGGGUAGGAAACCACAUACCGUUGCAUAAUAGUGUUUAUAGUUGAGACUUUCUAAUUUUAUUUCACUCAAAUUAUUUUAUCCCCUCAUGUUACCUAGUAGAAAAGAUAGCAGAGAUAAUUUGGGAAAUAGGCAGGUUUUGGAGAAACACAUGCGUCCUUACAUGAGAAAUUUUAGAAUGUGGACUACUGUGUUACCGCUAGAACCUGGAAAACUAAGCCAGUCCUUCCCUCACAGAUGUCCACUCCACAGACCACCCCCCGUUUUCCCCAUGUUGGGAGCUUGUGUUUUGUGUGCUGUGUUAGAUACUAGGGAGAGAAACUGGUACCAUCACCAUCCGUGGGGUGAUUUCAGCGGGGGUGUGUUCCUGGAACCCUUAGCUGGAGAGUGGAAGGCCUUUUUCACAUGGAAGCAGUGUUAGGUAGUGUUUCACUGUCCAGCUUCAUUGUGUGCUAAAUAGACUUGUGUAACUCAUUCUGAACAGUUAAUCAUCGCUCAUAGUAUUUCCUUUGGGAAAUUGUAGUCAAGUUCCAAAAACCAGUUCCCUUUUUUUUUUUUUUUAAAUUCUAGAAAGCUUUAAACAUAUAAAAUGUGGAAGAGUAUAAUGAACCUGCACAUACCUACCACCCAGUUUUAACAGUUAUAAGGUCAUGGUCAAUGUUGUCAUCUCUUUCUACUCCCCCCCACCCCCGCCCCACCAAACUGCCACUCUUGAUUAUUCUGAAGCAAAUUCCAGAUUUUAUAGCAUUUUUUACUCAUAUAUAUUUCGGCAUGAAUUUCUAAAAGAUAAAGACUUAGAAAAAUAUAUCCUCCAUACCAUUACUCUGUCCUAAGAAAAUUCUUAAAAUUUUGUGAUGAUCACCAAGUACCUAGUU